AUGAACCAGAAGCCUUCAGAGGAGCAACCGCCCUUCAUCAGCCUUCUAUGCUUCAAGGCUGGCAGCAGAGAACCGGUUCCAGGACUUGUGAAGGUUGAAAGUAUCAAAACCCCCACAGAGUCAACCCCCCGGUUAAGGUCUGGUACAGGUCAAGGUUUUGGUAAGGUCCCCUUCAGGUUUUGGUUAAGGUUAUGUCUGACGGUGUCCCCCAUGCAUCAGAAGCCUUCAGAGGAGCAACCGCCCUUCAUCAGCCUUCUAUGCUUCAAGGCGGGCAGCAGAGGACCGGCUCCAGGACUUGUGAAGGUUUUACUCAAGGCUUUGUGCUACGCUGCAGUUGGUGUCUGGGGAGCCCUGCACAGCUUAUCUCCUAGGCGGGGUGAACGUACCUGCCAACAGCACCUGGCAGGUGCCUCCGCUCUCUCCACCACCUGUUGCUUCACCAUGGAAGCACCAUGGCCUGCUGGAGCACCUCAAUCCUCAACCAUGUUAAGAUAA